AUGAGCACCGUCCAGCCGUGGGCUGGUCAUGCGGACUCCGCUCGUAGAAGGGCGGAAGCCCGGGCAGCCGAGCCUGUGCCGACUGUGAACUUCAAUAACGCUGCUCGUGCCGCCAUUGGGCACUUCCCACUUUCCGUCGCUGAAGCUGCGGAGACCAUUCUGCCUGCGAAACGCCAUGCAAAAGCAUUCGGCCACUUCCCCUUGGACGUCGCCUCUGCAGAGCCCACCGGCCUAAGCAAGCGUUUGAAUGUCUGCGGCACCAACGACAAGUAUGUUAGCGCAUGCUCUUGUGCCGGUGUACCACAGGCAACAGUUACUGCUGUACGGAAGACUGUUUCAAGCACAUCUACCAGCACGGCCACAUCGUCUUUCCAGACGACGUCGACCGUGACCAAUAGCCACACUAUCAGCGAGAGUGUUACUGCAACCGAGACCUCAACUACAACCACCACCCUAACCUCCACGAGCACAUACUCCACCUCUGUGAUGGCAUCACCCACGUGCGCAACUUUCAGCAAAGGACCUACCGCUAACUGGCAAUACACCUACAACCUCGAGUACGCUGGUUUCAAGACGCUCAAUGACAACUCUCCUGCGAACAACGCCGGCGCCCCUGCGAUUUCUCAGGUGCUAGAUGGCACUCUGGGCGCCUGCGAUGCCGCAGAAGAUUGCGUUGCAUGGGCCGCCACUCAAUUCUCUCCCCUGGGAGGAGGAUAUUUCACUACCAACCUCCGAUUCCGACCCGACUCGACGAACUGGCUGUGUGUGGCUUACUACGAUCAGACACCGGCGUCGUACUACAACGUUGAUUCGCCAGGAGUUAGCCAGUCGUUUGGAUGGACGAAACGGCCUUGA